GUUUUCAGAUUCAUCUCGACGGUGCUCGCGUCAAGUUGUCCGCUCGCAUUAAACAAUAAUAAUUGUGUGAGUUUGUGAGAAUAAUAGUGUGUUGUAACCAUUUGUGACCAUAAAGAGUUGUCAAUUAAACUUCUCGAAGCAUCAGCGUUGGAUAAGUCAGCUAUCGGUGAUCUGUAACCCGAACGAAAAACCACAAAAUGUCACCAACUAUGUUCAUCUAUGCCGUGUGCCUGGGAUUGGUCGCCAAUUUCUUAACAGUGAGUGCCAUUCGGUGUCAUCAGUGUAACUCGCACGACAACGAGGACUGCGGUGGCCUGGUCGUGAACACUCCCCGCGCCCAAAGGGACAACCAAUACCUGACGGACUGCACGCCACCCAGUGGCAAGGAAGCCUUCUGCCGAAAGACGGUGAUUAAGUUCGAGGUUGACGAUUCGCACAGGAUCGAGAGGAGCUGCGGUUAUAUUCCGGAGAAGAUACAGAAUGCCUGCUUCACGGCCGACAACGAGGGCUACAAGCAGAUCAUCUGCACCUGCCCCGAGGAGGGAUGCAAUGGCGCCACCUCACUGCUGGGAGCCCGACAGGUGGGCUACAGUCUGGUGGGAUCUGUGGUCAGUCUGGUGGCGGCCGCCGUCUUCAGUCGUUAAAUUAACACCUAAACUUCCGCAUCCUGCAUCCUGUAUCCUGCAUCCAAAAAGUACCUUAUCUUAACUGGUUAAACUAAGUCUUAAAUAUUUUGCACUAAGUUCUUUGAUGUUUGCCAUAUCUAGCUACGUACACAAUCCCCCGUCUGUCUUGGCAACUCUUGCGCGUUAAGUCUCGUAUUUUGUAUUCGUAAUUGUAGUUUCUAUGAAAAUAUAAGCAUAAUAUUUAACUGA